AGAUCACGUGACUGCUCACGACACGCUCGUCCUCAUCUAAGUGGCGGGUGCGCGCGUUGAAGGGCGCGUCCGUGUGAGUCAAGUGUGCGAGAGCGAGAGACCGCAUCACCGCUCAUUCAAUUCCUCCUUACACGCCGACUAGCACAGAGACGCCGCGAUGGCCUCCGGAGUUCAAGUCCAAGAGCAUGUGCUGACCAUCUUCAAUGACAUGAAAGUGCGCAAGGCACAGGCCAGUGAAGAGGAGCGGAAGAAGAGGAAGAAGGCUGUCUUGUUCUGCCUGAGUGGUGACAAUAAAGAAAUCAUCAUGGAAGAGGGUCGCGAGAUCCUGCAGGGAGAUGAGGGCGAUCCCUACCUGAAGUUUGUCAAGAUGCUGCCCCUUGAUGACUGCCGUUAUGCUCUGUAUGACGCCACAUACGAGACCAAGGAGACCAAGAAGGAGGACCUGGUAUUCAUCUUUUGGGCCCCAGAGAAUGCUCCACUCAAGAGCAAGAUGAUCUAUGCCAGCUCUAAGGAUGCAAUCAAAAAGAAGUUCACAGGUAUCAAGCAUGAGUGGCAAGUGAACGGACUGGACGACAUCAAGGACCGAAAGACUCUCGCUGAGAAGCUUGGAGGCGCUUCGGUGAUCACCCUGGAAGGAAAGCCUCUGAAUGAUUGAGGCCAAUACUCUGGUGGGAUAGAGCUGUAUAGCUGUUCAUUUCAACAUGGGUAGGGCAAGGGUACAUGGCAGUGAUGCUGGUGGGUGGGUUGGGUUGUAAAAAAAAAAAAAAAAAAAAAAGGUGACAGUUUCCAAACUCCACAAAAAGAAAAAUUGGCUGUCAUUCCAUUUCGCAUACACCAAGAACAAAAUAAAAAAUAAAAAAAAACAUAAAA